AUGUAUAACAUAGGGAUUGCUCAUGACAAUGAUGUCGCUUUAUUCCAGCUUCAGCAGAAAGUCACGUUCCAUGAACAUCUUGUGCCUGUGUGUUUACCUGAAGAAGGAUAUGUUCUGAAGCCGGAUACAUUGUGUACAGUUGUUGGGUGGGGAAAACGUGAAGAUUCUGAUAUGUCAGAAUACGAAGCUACAGUGAAUGAAGUUCAGGUUCCUGUACUUAACAGAUCAUUAUGCAAUAAAUGGCUUGAACCUCGUGAUCUAAAUGUGACACAAGGAAUGAUUUGUGCUGGUUACAAAGAAGGAGGCAAAGAUGCUUGCCAGGGAGAUUCUGGAGGGCCCCUUCUUUGCCGUACAAAUAAAAAUGUUGACAGAUGGUUCGUAGGGGGUAUUGUAUCCUGGGGCAUCAAGUGUGCUCACCCUCGCCUCCCCGGUGUCUAUGCCUAUGUACCCCAUUACGUACCAUGGAUUAAAGAGCAAAUAGCGCGCUAUUCCGACUGA